UGUAUAUUAUUACAUGAUUUUAGGGAAAUUUUAUGUAAUCCCAAGACUAUAUAUUAUAAAAUCAUCUUCUUCCCCUCAUAAAAAGUCUAAAACUCUUAGCUUUUUACAGGUCAAAUUUAUGAGAAUUAGCAAGUGUAUGUAUGUGAAGAAUGAAGAAUUAUAUAUGAUUAAUUAUUAUUAUUAGCAAUAAUAAUUAUUAUAAAAGUUUGAUAAUAUCUAUGAAUUUCAAGCAAGAUCUCGUUUAAUUUGAUACAUUAUUUCUUCACUUUGAAAUUGGUGUAAAUCUCUCUUCCCUUUUACUUUCCCUACACGAGAUCCAAACACGGUACUCCUCCCCUUUGCUUCAAUCACCCCCUUUAAUUUCCCCACGGUAUAUCAACCUUUUCAUUACAUACCUUUUCUCCCUUCCCUAAACCCGUCACUUCAUUACACAACACGAUACGAUCACUUAUAAUCUUUCUUUUCUGCGACUGAAUUAUUUAUCAGUCGCAAAUUUAGAUACAUACAUACAGUCGGUUAUAGGUUAUAAGUACUUGUAUUAAUUUUAUUUUCCCCUUACAUGAAUUGGGAGUGUAACCUAUUUUUUGUAAUUUAAUUUAUAAUUAAGGAAAGUCUGAGCAAAGGGGUAGUAGUAUAAUUUGUUGACUUUGGGUUUGACAGUUCAAAUCUGGUGAAAGCUGCUGAUAAAUCACUAAAAAACACAGCUAUAUACCUGCCUUAGCUUUAGCUGCUCUACUCAAAAAGGAGAAAAUCCUUCUCAACUGUUUUUCUAAGUGAGAGAAUAUCUUUGCCCUUUUUUUCACAUCAUAUCUUCUCUUUAAGGGUAAGCUUGAAGUUGACAUAGAGAUUAAUAAGAAGAUAAAGAAAAUGGCGUCGUCGUCGAAUUCGCCGUGUGCAGCGUGCAAGUUUCUAAGGAGAAAAUGUCAACCAGAAUGUGUUUUUGCGCCCUAUUUUCCACCAGACCAACCUCAGAAAUUUGCUAACGUGCACAAAGUGUUUGGUGCUAGUAAUGUUACUAAGCUUCUGAAUGAGCUUCACUCACAUCAAAGGGAGGAUGCGGUCAACUCGUUAGCUUACGAGGCGGACAUGCGCCUUCGUGAUCCUGUCUACGGUUGUGUGGGUGUCAUUUCCUUGCUUCAGCACCAGCUUCGACAGCUCCAGGUGGACUUGUCUUGUGCUAGGACCGAGCUGUCGAAGUACCAGAACUUUGCAUUCCCCACCCCCGCUACAGGAGGCUGUAGCGGGGGUGGUGGGGUCAUAACAGCCUCUGCUAUGACAAGCACGGCGGCCACUUCCACGGCUGCCAACCACCACCACCACCAUUCUCAGUCCCUCGGAAUUGGCCUUCUUGGAAUAGGUGGUGGUGGUGGGUUUUCUACUGGUGCGAGGGACCAACACCAGCAGCACUUAUACUCCCACCACCAAUUUUUCCCGAGCAAUCACCAAGCGGGUGCUGGACUUGGGAUUAAUAGUAUAAGAGGAUUCGAUAUGGCGGCGGGUGGUAGUGGGAGUCAUGGUUAUGAUGCUGGCCUUCUUGCCAUGAACAUGAAUGUCUCGGCCGCAGCCGGUAUCGGACAGCUAAGUCAGCUCCAUCAACAACCUACUGCUAGGACUGCCGGUGGCGAUGACCGCCGUAGUAUUGAUCCGUCUUAAUCUCUUCUUAGGGUUUCAUGCCAUGGCUUCUUCUCAAACCCUACCAUAGGCUCGUAAACAUGGAAGAUCUAGCGAAAUUCACUAUUUUGAAAGGA